UGUACAACAAUAGUUUAGCGUGUUCAUUUACUCCAGUUUGCAAAACAUUAGAAAUUGAUUGGAUCUUUCUCUUUUAUUCAAUUUUCAAAGUACCUAUACGUGUUUUUUUAUACCCAAGAUCUAAUCUUGAACUUUUAAUUUGUGAUACACUUUAUUUUAAUAUCUAAACUAUGAGUGCCGAAAACUACCGAAGUGCUAACAAAUCUCAUGAUCCUGGUUGGAAUGAUCCCCCAAAGAUCAGCUACAGUCCUGGAGUGGCUGCCGGAUCUGGACCGACGUCAAAGUUAAACCUGAAUAAGCGCAUAGCUUUCCCCGUAGCAAAGACUGACACUCGCUCAAAUCAACCAGCAGUAGGAGAUGGGGGUACUCUUCCUCAAUUCGUAACAGGUGCUUCCGGGGGAAUCGCGAGCCCACUCCCACCUGCCCCACCCAACCGAUCUGGGCCACCUUUACCGCCAAUGGCUACCACAGGCACUCCUCCCCGGUGCAAUAAACCGGGUACUAAUGCAUCAGAGGAAGGAACUCUGAUCCUCCCAUCGAACGAAGAAAUGAAAGAUUCGGUGAAGACCACGCUGGAAGAGUUACUUAUGAAAACGGAAACUUCCAGACAGACGGAAGUUCGGAAACGAUUAGAUGUAAUGCUACAAUCCUGGACGGACGGGAAGCUUAGCGAUGGGCUGACCAAAAAACUAUACCAAUUAGCUCAAGUGCUUAAUGAAAAGAAAAUAGUGGAGGCGAACGAAAUUCAUCGGUCUAUCAUAGUCGAGCACGGGAAGGAAUGCGUUCAGUGGGCUCCCGCUCUAAGGCAGUUAAUUCAGGUUGUUCCCAAGCAGGAAGAAAGUUCAUCGAACGUUGAAACGCAAGAACCUAUUGUAAACCCACUGUAAGUGGACUUGGCUACGUGCAAAAUUGAAAAGAACACCGCAAUAGUAUUGCGAAUAUAUAAAAAAUAAAAGUAUAUCGAUAUUUUAUUUCCGUUAAA